AAGCCAAUUGUUACGAACUGGCUGGCCGAAGCAUCACCGGCUAUGCCGAGGUCUGGUUUUUUCCAGCUUGGAAUUGACGCCGAACUGUGACUGUUGAAGCUUCACCUCCGGCAACGAUGGCGGCACUCCAUGCGCUGCCAACCUAUCAUGGAUUUUCCUUGGGACUCGGAGUCUUCUGCCCUCUCUCUAGUCUCCUUUUUCCGUGCUCGUCACCGAAUUUCCAGCCCAACUAUCUCUGUGUAUUGGUCGGCAUUUUGCUUCAAGCUUUGUACACUGGCUGGAUCUCAUUUCGCAUCUGCUUGCCUCGCCAGCUUUUCAGUCACGCUGUUUCGGAUCCAUCGCAGCAUUUUCUAUAAGUCGGUGUGAGCUUUUAAUCAUCCCUUGCAUCGUCGCAUCAUCGCUUCAAUACCUUGAGUUAUUCUUUGGCGUGACAGCAGAUUCGUGGACUAUUGCGGUAAAAAUCAUGAGAGCCUUGAAGAGUGGGAGGUAAUUUGAAUGUACUAUGUAUAGGUCGGGAUGGAGAACGGGAGGAUUAUGCGUUACGAAUAAAAGCUGAGCACUGUAGUGUGUGCGUGUGUGUGUGGGUGCGGAAAAUCAUUGCAUUGUGAGCCAGCUUCAUUGCAGAGCCGGCUAAUGUGUGCAAUACUGUUAGGAGUAGAUCCAAGUUUUGUGGACAUUUUGUCUACAGUUAGCGUAGUCUGUUGUUCCCUGAUCUUGAGACGUGAGAGGAAUAAUUCAAGUUAUUGAAGCGAUGUUGCGUUUGAAGCUCACAACCCUAGUGCACGGUGUGUGUGUGUGUGUGUGUGUGUGCAUGUUCAUUAAUUUCUUUUUUAGCGGACUGUAAACAAUGAAUCCGGCUAACCGCUUGAACAAAAGAGGGAUCGAGAUUGGAGUUAAGGAACUGCCCAGGCAAUUGAUUGCGCAUUGAAAUGCAAGUACGCUGACCACAAGUGUGUUUCUUCGCUGCAAACAAACUUCGCGAUGGUGGUUUUUUGCCUGAGAGGAGAAGAGCGGGGGUUUUACAGGUGACGUCAUUGUUGUAUUGUUGACGGGAAUUUAGCGAUCAGAGAGUUUGAGAGAAAUGAUAGCUACCUUAGAAAGUAAUAGGUUUAAUGAAUAGGAAGCUGUUGAGAGUGGACACAAUCUUCUGAAGAGUCAUGGCCCCCACGUCUGCGAGCACUCCGCGGAAGCCAGUGGUUACGCCCAACUCAGAUCUGGAUUCAGCUGUCCAUUCUCUUGAGAAGUUCACGUUGUACGAGACGCAAGCGAAUUAUUAUCUCAUAGGAAGGGACAAGAGAAAGCAGCAUUGGCAAGUGCUAAAGAUUGACCGUACCGAAGCCUCAGCGUUGAAUGUGGUGGAAGAUCCUGUAAUUUACACAGACGCUGAGUGCAAGAGACUUCUGACAUGUAUAGCUGAGGGCAAUAAACCUACUGGGGGACUCAAGCUAGUCACGAAAGCUUACGGGAUCGUGGGAUUUAUCAAGUUUAAGGAGUCUUAUUACAUGAUAUUGGUCACCAAGCGACGGCAGAUUGGAACAGUUUGUGGGCGUGCGAUAUAUCGUAUCGAAGAGAGCCAGUUCAUUACUGUGCCACAUUCGACUGUACAGACCGAAGCCUCUUACUCAAAGGUCGAACUCAGGUACAAGAAGCUGUUGUUAGCAGUGGAUCUUACCAAGGACUUUUACUUCAGUUACACGUAUCGGAUUAUGCAUUCUAUGCAAACGAAUGCAAUGGUAUUAGAUGACGAUCAGAUCCCGUAUGAUAACAUGUUUGUGUGGAAUGCUUUUCUCACAAGAGGCAUCCGACAAACCUUGAGAAACACUCGGUGGACCCUUGCUCUUGUCCAUGGAUUCUUUCAGCAGGAGAAGCUUUCAAUUUUCGGUCGUAUAUUUGUUAUCACUCUUAUUGGGAGACGUUCUCGACAUUUUGCUGGGACAAGGUACUUGAAGAGGGGUGUGAACGACAAGGGUCGUGUUGCAAACGAUGUAGAGACCGAGCAAUUAGUUAUGAAUGAGGAAACAGGGAUUGGCCCAGGUACCGGACAGAUUAGUUCUGUGGUGCAACAUCGGGGCUCCAUCCCUCUCUUUUGGUCCCAAGAAAUGUCGCGACUUAGUCCCAAGCCUGACAUCAUACUGCAAAGAUUUGAUCCAACUUAUCACGCCACAAAGCUACAUUUUGAUAAUCUUUCAAAUAGAUAUGGCAACCCAAUUAUCAUCUUAAGCCUAAUCAAGACAGUGGAGAAACGGCCGCGAGAAAUGAUGUUGCGACGAGAGUAUGCAAACGCUGUUGGUUACUUGAAUCAAUCACUUCCCGAGGACAGGCAACUGAAAUUUAUACACUGGGAUUUUCACAAGUUUGCGAAAAGUGGCAAUAAAUCAGCCAAUGUCCUGGCAGUACUAGGAGGUGUGGCAGCUGAUGCUCUCGAUCUCACAGGCUUCUACUAUAGUGGUAAACCGCUCAUUUCCAAGAAAAAUACGCAACAGAGUCUCAUAUCCACCACUCCAGUAAUACCACCAGGCAGAAAAUCUCCAUUAAGAGACCGAAGCUCGUCGCUUGAUCUGGACCGCCGCUUGGCGUUGGACUUGGGAGGCCGGCAUUUGUCUAUGGAUUUGACCAGUCUAUAUUCCGCUACAGGAAGUAGCAGUACAAAUGGCAGAAAUGGAGCUCUAGAAGUAGAGCAAAAGGACCUGAAUAUUGAUCCGUUACGGAAGCCUCGCUACCAAAGUGGUGUUUUGAGAACAAAUUGCAUCGACUGCCUUGAUCGCACUAAUGUUGCCCAGUAUGCAUAUGGACUUGAAGCCUUGGGACGCCAACUCCAAGCUUGUGGUCUAAUAGACUGUCCUAAGAUAGACCCUGACUGUGAGGUUGCAGCUGCUCUUAUGGAUAUGUACCACAACAUGGGCGACUGUCUGGCGCUUCAGUAUGGAGGUUCUGAAGCUCACAAUUACGUAUUUCCGGAAAGGCAGGGGAAGUGGAAGGCGACAACACACUCACAAGAGUUUUUCAAGUCUAUCAGGCGGUAUUACAGCAAUACUAUCACAGAUGGCGAAAAGCAAGAUGCUAUGAACUUGUUCUUAGGCCACUUUCAGCCACAAGAGGGAAAGCCUGAUCUCUGGGAGUUGGAAACCGACUAUUACCUGCAUGUUAGCGGCCAAGGAGAGGAAUCUUUGCUUGAACAGAGAACGACCAGAAUACCCAGUAGAAAGCCGUCGUUUAGUUCUCAAAAAUCACGAAACAGAACUCUUUUUUCUGUGUCUCCGUAUGAUGAAGACUUUCGCCGUCUUAAGAUGACAUCAUUCGACAAGCUUCAGGCAACUCGCGGAUCUGUAAAGAGCGUGCGCAUGUACGGGGAUUCAGGGUUCAAGAGGAGAGCAGUUGCAGGAGUUGCAAGUGAUGCAGCGGAAGUUCAGUUAAAAAGUCCGAAUUGGCUAUAUGGUCAACGUAAGCCUGAAGAUAGCGGUCCAGCAAAUGUAGACUCCCCAAUAAGUGUUAAACCUCUGGCUACGAAGAAGGAAAAGAAUGAGCAAGAAUUUGAGAAUCUAGAUUGGUUAACAACAUUGUGUCCUUACUCGGAGGAAGAGCUUUUUACGAGGUAUGUGCUUAUGGGAUUAAAUGAGGAUGAUUCGUGGUAUGGAACCAGGCUCCUCCCUGGCACUGUAAAUAGUAGCGAAGCCAACCGACACUACAUGGAGUGCUGCCAGGGGCCACCGCGUGAUUUCGAGGACGUGUCUAGCAGUAGAGGCGCGGUAUCAUUUCAGUCAGUCUGUGAGUUAAUUCACUUUGACGAAGACAUGGUGAAGCUAGCAAUGGAAGCUGCUCUGAGCCAGUUCAAGAGCAUUGAAAGCAGCGACUUUCACUUGGCCGGAGAUGCGCCCGCAUUGAAUUCUACUAGCGAUUUUGAUAAAAGAUUCCUGGUUGAUCACAAACUUUGUCAAGUCUUAUCAUGAAUUAAUUGGCGGCUACGACGAUAGUCCAACUUCAGCAGUCCUUUGCAGAGCAACAGUUUUUGUGACGCUAAGUUUGACGUUAAUCCCGGAGGUGAUAAAAUCCUUUGUGAAACUUGAGCUCUUGUGGAGCUAUGCUUUGGAAAUAGAGCAUCUGGAGGGUUCGAGCAUAAUUGCUUGCACUAUUUACAUCCAUCUGCCAGUAAACGUUGUAGGAGCAACAGAGCUGGUUGGUAAAGAUACGCAGACAGGAUUACGCUACCCCUUAAACCAUUUCCUUACAACAGUGGAAGAGGAAUAGGUAGACGCGGCUCAGUAUGAUGUGAGCUCCUAGACUUUGGUAACUCGGCCUAUAAAGUUGAUUACCAAGUUCCUUAUAUGAAGAGUACGCAGAUAGCCUCUCAUUUGAGGUGAUCAAACAACGCACAUCAAUUCAAGGAGUUUGGAGAUUAUGCACAUGGGGUUUCGUAUCAAGCGUCACAGGAGGGUUGAUGAAGUGCUGGUGCAGUUAUGAGGAUCCCUUGGUAACUACGGAGGCCUUUGUGGAGGGUAGAUGCCUGGAGGAUAAUAAGAAACAAUUUUACUUUUGAUGAUGAACCUCUAAGUUGAAACUGGUUGUAAGAGAGAGGUGUUGCCUCCAACCGAAGUUGGUUGAUUUCAAGUUUUAAUUCUUUCAAAUAAAGAAAUGUUGCAAAAUCCGUGUGCUUUGCACACAAACAACAUUUGAUUUCUUAAAAAA